GGUCAGACAAAUCUCGCGAUAUCUCUCCCUAGCAACUGGAAUAUUUUCCUUAGAUACCGUAGUCUUGCAAGCUCAAAGCGCAUCAAAACACUGAAAAGAUUGCCAUUUACAUGCAGUCACCUGAUGGAAGCCAGGUCUGGUGCCCUGGCCAGUCCUUCUGGAGCCUGAUUGCUGAACAUGUUUCUGAGUCAGAGCUGCCAAAGAUCUAUACAGCACUGGGCCAUUCCCUGGUAGACAUGUACACAGACGUGCACACUGAGGCUGAGAUGUGGCACAAAAUGUGGCAGGAGAGCCAGCGAGGUGGAAAGCAUGGUGGUGGGGCAGGAACCUUGUUCCCACGUUCGCAGGACUCCCCUCUAGCUGACCCCCCUGCUGUGAAAGAGCUUUUGAGAGCUGAGGUCAAGAUGUUACUGCAGACUCUCAGAGAGAGAGCCUGCAGGGCAGGAAGAGAUGUUGGGGAGCUCCUGCAUCAGUACAAACCUGAGACUCUAAACUAUGCCCUCAGCUACCAGGACACCUGUUACAGUAACCGCACCAACCCUGAAGAUACUGAUGAUGGAAGCAGGCCAAACUCUUGUUGUUCAGUCCAGUCCAGAGCUGAAGAUGAGAUUGAAGCAGUAAGAGGCAAGCUUAAUGUCACUGAGAUAGACCAAGUGGUUGACCGACUCAGAUCUCUCCUAAUAGAGCAAUGUGAAGAACUGACCAGCCUGGUAAAGCAUGUAAAGGCAAACAUUAAACAAAAGUGUCAGAUCGGACUUCAUAAAUCCGAACCUUCACUUGCAGACCUGAGAGAUCUUAGAGGAGCUAUACAAAUGGACUUGGAGCUCUGCCCCUCUUUGUUCACAGCUUCGUCCGUUCUGCCUGCAAAGAAAGCUUCCAGACUGUCAGCGGCACAAAGCUCAGAGAGUCUGCUAACUUUAUCUCCUACAUCAAUCUUAAGACCACAGCCACCUCCUCUUCGGUCCCAUCCUAAACCCAGGCCUCCAGCUGGACCCCCUCUCAGCAAGACUUCACAAUCUAGGACUCACAGUCAGCACAGAAUCACACCAGCCUUCAAUAAGUCAAGCAAAAGACCUAUAUACAGCACUGCUGACACAUCCACGCAUGCACAUGGCCUCCUCACCUCUGACCACGUAAUGACUAAAAACAACCAGUGCAGUUUUUGCCCAGAGCAAGAUAUUGCUGAUCUUUACUGCAGGACUCCAGAUUCUAGCCCUAAUUUUGAAAUAAAAUCUGAGAGAAGCUCACCCAUCCACAAAACUCAUCUAUCAAUAAACUGCAGCAUUCACAGCCGAAGCAUAGAGUGCGAUUUGUCACCGCAGAGGGAGCGAAAGAGCAGCCCUGCCUGGAGGCCAAGAAACAUCAAUAUCACCCCCUCACCUGUUCCUGCUCCCAGCGGUCUCUGUGAUGCAGGCUGUUACAGCAGCAAGUGUACUGACCAAUCUCUGGCAACACAAUGGAAAUCAGUUAUUCAAAACAGGCAGCAGGAUAGUAGCUCUGAAGGCAGUUUGGAGUCAGCAGGAGCACAGACAUAUCCUGACAGCAGGAGGAACACUUCUGAGAGUUCAGCCAUGUCUGAAACAGGGAGAGCUCCUGCACAAAAAGGCAGAAGGAAGAGCAACAGUGAGGCUGCUAGAAAUUUAAGUGGCCCCUUCAGGAAGGAUGUCAAACAACAGCAAAGCCCAAGUAGCCAAUGCGCAACAGAUUGCUCCUCUCAUCUUUCAGCCGAACCAAGUAAGCGACCAUCUGGAAAGAUUAAUGAGCAGUUUUUUUCUUCCUCAAGAAAACCACACGGGGGCACCACAAGUCAACCAAAAGAACCAACAGAACCCCAGUUUCUCCAGAGGUUUCAUCAGCCAGUCCCUCCUACAAGAGUGCCAACUUAAAGACAACUGCUAACUGGACUUUGAUCAGGACCAUCAGGGGAAUAGCCACGUGUCUUUAGAAAAAUAGUUAGCUUGUAGUUUUGAUGGAUAUCCUGUCUUCUAGUCAAUUGUUUCUUUCUCUUUUUAUAUUUUCAAGCAGGAUGGAUUGACAGGAGCAUAACACAGUUUUUGUGGCUAAAAAUAAAACAGAAUACAGCAAUGAGCAAAAGUCUUGAAUCACCCCUCAUUUAUAUUUUAGUCAGAAGGCACUUUAUCUUUAGGCACUUAACUUAUAGCAGCCCAUCACAAAAACAUAUAAUUUGUUCCCAUUUUUAGUUGAGGCUACAGAAAAUACCAAAGAUAACACAGUAUCACUUAAAGUAGGAUUUUGGCUCUAACAUUGUGUAAUGCACCCUAAAAAGUUUGAGAAACUAGACAAGUGGAAGACAAAAGAUGAAAUGACAGGCCUAAAAAAAACUAUCUACAGUAUUUUAAUUUAUAUUGUGAAUAACUCAGUCAACAAAAACAUUUGUUUUCUA